CGCCAUUCUUUUUAAAGUCUUUGGAAAACACAGAGAAACCUUCCAGCUGAGUAAAGAAGAAGAAUGUUUUCAGUGGAGAAGUUUAGAGAUGUCAACGAGCGGCCAACUGCUGCAGCUGAGGAAAUAUGUGACGAUGCUACAAGAGCUGCCGUCGAGGACGAGGCAGAGAUCAACCGUCAGCGCAGAAUGAUGGAUAUCAUCUGGAGCCCUCACAACAGAAUAGACGUCUCACAGCAACAUGUGUGUAAGGAGGAGGAAGAUGAGCAGCAGCUCUGUCACCAGGAGAGGAAGUCCAGUCUGGACCAGGAGGGGCCAGAGCCUCCACAGAUCAAAGAGGAGCAGGAGGGAGAGCAGCUCAAACAGGAGGAGACUGACACAUCAGCUUUGAAUCAGCACAUUCUUACUUAUACAGACGUCCCACAGCAACAUGUGUGUAAGGAGGAGGAGGAUGAGCAGCAGCUCUGUCACCAGGAGAGGAAAUCCAGUCUGGACCAGGAGGAGCCAGAGACUCCACAGAUGAAAGAGGAGCAGGAGGGAGAGCAGCUCAAACAGGAGGAGACUGACACAUCAGCUUUGAAUCUGCAAAUUAUUACUUAUACAGACGUGCCACACCAACAUGUGUGUAAGGAGGAGGAGGAUGAGCAGCAGCUUUGUCACCAGGAGAGGAAGUCCAGUCUGGACCAGGAGGAGCCAGAUCCUCCACAGAUGAAAGAGGAGCAGGAGGGAGAGUGGAUCAAACAGAAGGAGACUGACACAUCAGCUUUGAAUCGGCACACUCUUACUCACAUAGAUGCCCCACAGCAACAUGUGUGUAAGGAGGAGGAGGAUGAGGAGCAGCAGCUCUGUCACCAGGAGAGGAAGUCCAAUCUGGACCAGGAGGAGCCAGAGGCUCCACAGUUGAAAGAGGAGCAGGAGGGAGAGUGGAUCAAACAGGGGGAGAAUGAUACAUCAGCCUUGAAUCGGCAAAUUUGUACUUUCACAGGUACCAAGCCGCACACCUGUGGUACCUGUGGAAGAUCAUUCAACAAUAAAAGCCGUUUGGAUAGGCACAUACACAUCCAUAGAGCCGAAAAACCACAUGCCUGCACAAUGUGCAAUAAGUCUUUCAAACAUAAAAGUUCUUUGACAGACCACAUGAGAACACACACAGGUGAAAAGCCUUACUCCUGUAGCACCUGUGGAAAAAAAUUCUAUAGGAAAUCACAUUUGAAUCUGCACAUUAAAACUCACACAGGUACAAAGCCAUACACCUGUGGCACAUGUAGAAGAUCAUACACAAGUAAAAGUCAACUGGAUAGCCACAUAAAAAUCCAUACAGGGGAAAAACCACAUACCUGCACAAUGUGCAACAAAUCUUUUAGACAUAAACACGAUUUGACUGUCCACAUUAGGAUACACACAGGUGAGAAGCCUUACUCCUGCAGCACCUGUGGAACAAGAUUCCAUAGGAAAUCACAUUUAAGUCUGCACAUUAAAACUCACACAGGUACAAAACCAUACACCUGUGGCACCUGUGGUACAUCAUUCGCACAAAAUGCUCAUUUGACAGCCCACAUAAGGACACACACAGGUGAGAAGCCUUACUCCUGCAGCACCUGUGGAAAAAGUUUCUGUCAGAAAUCAGAUUUGAAUCGGCACAUUCUUUCUCACACAGGUGUAAAGUUAUACACCUGUGAUACCUGUGAAAGAUCAUUCACACAUAAAUAUAGUUUGGAAAGACACUUAAAAAUCCAUACAGGUGAAAAACCACAUACCUGCACAAUGUGCAACAAAUCUUUUGGACUAAAACACGAUUAUACUGUCCACAUGAGGAUACACACAGGUGAGAAGCCUUUCUCCUGCGGUACCUGUGGAACAAGAUUCCGUAGGAAAUCAAAUUUGAAUCUGCACAUUAACACUCACACAGGUACAAAACCGUACACCUGUGGCACCUGUGGUACAGCAUUCGCACAAAAUGCUCAUUUGACAGCCCACAUAAGGACACACACAGGUGAGAAGCCUUACUCCUGCGGCACCUGUGGAACAAGAUUCUGUAGGAAAUCACAUUUGAAUCAUCACAUUCUUAUCCACACAGGUACAAGGCUGUUCACCUGUGAUACCUGUGGAAGAUCGUUCACACAAAAAUGUAAUUUGCAAAAUCACUUAAAAAUACAUUCAGGUGAAAAACCCCAUACCUGCACAAUAUGCAAAAAAAUUUACGGCAGUAAAAGUAAUUUGACAGUCCACAUGAGAACACACACAGGUGAGAAGCCCAGCUCCUGCAGUACCUGAGGAAAAAGUUUUGGUCAGAAAUUCAAAUUGAGUCGCACAUUAGUACUCACACAAAUACAAAGCCGUACACCUGUGGUACCUGUGGAACAUCAUUCACAAAUAGAAGUUCUUUGGACAAGCAUGUGAAAUUUCAUGCAGACAAUAAUGGCUAAACUUCCCAAACAUGUGGCAGGUCUCUCAGAAUUCUCUUUCUUAUACUUAGGGGAGCCAAACUUGGCACUCCCGAUUCAAGACAGAUCACAAAAGACAGUUUCACACCCCAACAAUGGUACUCUCUGAUUGGCCAGUGCUUCCCAUCUCUGGACAAACAACAAAACCAGAUGGGUCGUAAAUAACUUGCGUUCUUUCUGAAGGACUCAAACUGUAUGGACUGGAAAUCCCAUAAAUACUGUAAACAUAACUUUUUCAACAGGACAUUUUUAUAUUCUUCUUAGAUAUAAGAAUUGGAACACUAUGAUAUGUUUCUGAUAUUUGUAACCCUCAAAUGAAAGAAGAACCAAAAGCCUGAGUUUUAAUCAGUGUCUUCCAUGGACCAACAGUGCCAUCUAAUGCCCGAUAUCAGUCGCCACACAUCUCCACGUGGCCAACCUCCUUUAUGUCCUUAUGUCUAAAUGCUUUCAGUUACAUUGUUCUUCUUGUUGAACUGUGAUGUAAUAUUAUUCUAGAACAGUGAUACUCAACCUUAUUCUACCCAAGAGCCACAUUGUCUUAAAAAUACUAUUGCAAGAGCCACCAUCCAAAACUGGGCAUGCGAUGAUCACUCUAUCCAUAUUUGAAAUGAAACAGUGAAUUGGUGGAUUAUUGUGUUGUUAAAUGGGAUGAAAUAGGCCACAUUAAAAUGUCUGUAUAGUGUCAGAAGAAAGGAUAUUUCACAGAUAUAAGCAUAUGUUUUUAUUAUUGCUGGGGCGUUAACGGUGUUAACGUGUUACAUUAACACAAGACUCUUCUCGCGCGAUAAGAAAAUUAUCACACGUUAAUCUAUUCACUAAAGGGGCUUACAGACACACUGCCGAGCACAUGUAGUAGGCUACCAACAUGCCUCCAGUCAUUUCCAAUGGGAGGAGGGCGGAGGUUUGGGUCUGCUGUGAGCAGGCUUACGCUCCGCUGAACUGGACAAUGUCUGUUUUUAAUGAAAGAGUGGAUGCUUGGGUGUGUGAUUACAACCAGUAGUUGAUAUUACAUGUUGUUUGCACAUAAGCACAAACCAGAGGUUGUGCUGGACAUUUUGUUGUCCGUCACUCCUUUAAAAUCCCCCUGGAUCCAUCCUGACAGAGAGCUUCAUACAGCACAUGCUCGUCACAGCACUGAGACAAGUUGGAGAGAUGAAGAACAACUUUUUAAUUCUGUCUCUGUUAUGACCUGUGAGUAGGCUACAAAUGUAUACCUUUAUCUGUUAUAUUUCCAUGACUGAUAUCAUGGAAACUACGGUGUUGAAGUGAGGUUCAGAGUGAGAGAGAGAGAGAGAGAGAGGAGGGUCGGGCGGUGGUAAGCGAGCAAGAGAGAACAGGCGCUGAUCUGAAUCAUCAUUCACCCAUCUAUCUGUUAUAUUCAGUGCUUUAAGUGGGCUGGUAUGCAGCGGUACGCAGUACCAGCACUUCUAAAUUUUGCCCCUUGGCAUACCGGGACUUCUUCCAGCUAACCGGCAAGUACCGGUAUGCUCUCCUUUACCUUAGACAGCUGACAGCUUUACUAGAUGAUUCAUGACUGCAGCUGACAGCUUUACUAGAUGAUUCAUGACUGCAUCUAAAUAGAUGCAUUCUGUGGCACACGGUGCUCGUCCUGCUGUGUUCCGUGAAGUUUUUAUCUGAACAAGAAUCCAGGUGAGCUCACCUGCCACUGUUGGAGGGAAACCAGAGAUUAUAUCGUUCACCUCUCCUGGACAGUAACGCAGCGCGCAAGCACAGCACCCGCUCCACGGAGCUUGAUGCUCCACUGACACCUGUUAGUACUGCCACUGAACAAGACCUCAACAAAAAUAUUCAGUAACAGUAUUUAAAAUGACUGAGCAGACUGUUGGUCAAAGGAUCAAGGGCUGUAGUUUUGCUUAAAGAACAGCUGACUUACUGACAAAGACAAAAGUCUGGAUAUAUGGUGACAAAGAGUGCUCACAGACGGAGCAGAGACUCAGGGUGUCAGUGAGGGGAGGGUCUGAGUAAUCUCUACAUUUGGUGACAAAGACCAACUAUUAAACUCACUGUAUUUGAUAUUUCUAAUUUGUUUCAUUUAAAGGCCUUUUUACUUUUCAUGUACAGUAUAUAAUUUAUAUGAGUGUAUGAUUUUUGCUCCAUACCGGCCAAAUUAGUUGUGGGAUUGUGUGAGAAGAGAGUACCAGCACUUAUUUUUUUCCACUUAGAGCACUGGUUAUAUUUCCAUGGUUGAAAUCCACAUGAUAAAUAAGCAAACUUUGGUGUUUAAAGUGAGGGUUCAGUGGUGAGCAAGCGGGGUGUUCUCAAGCAGUCUGUGAUGCACUUUCCUUAAUAUUUAGAUAGGUCAAGCAAUUUUUUAAUGUCUUCAGCAAAAUUCAAAUCUAGCAUUUUAAUCUAGAUUAACUACAGGAUUGCAGUGAGAUUAAUCUAGAUUUAAAAAACUAAUCUAUGCCCAGCAUUAGUUUUUAUUUAUGCAAUUUCCACCUGGACUGAAGUCUUGAAAAUAUCUGAAUGUGCCGACUUAGAGCUAUGAGAAGCUUUCAAAGAGCUAAUGAAUUAUGGGUGUCUGUUCGGGUAUUUAUAUUUCAUAUUUUGGACAUUUACUGUAGUUCUGUGACUCUGUUAGUAGCAACCUGAGACUAUUUUGAAGUGGAAAAUGUGAUGAGUGACCGCGGUAACGUGUAGUUGCGGUAAAGUCUCGGUUAGUGCGCUGACUCGUUCCAUGAGUGCUGGAAGAGGACCCACGAGCAGAGGAGGACCAGGUCUGCAAGCUACUGUUAGCCGUGGCUAAGUUACAUUCUCCUCACAAGGAAGUGGCGCAGUUGUUCAGUUCAAGUCUGUUUAGGUGAGGCAGAAGCCUUUUAGAGAAGGAGCAAAAGUUAAAGUUAAGCCAGGUUGUAGUCUCGUUCCUGAGGACAUUCUUCUACGUUGUAACUCUGCUAUCAGGAGAAUUGGAGCGCAAGGGUUUUGGACGUGACUUCGGCGCUGAGGACAGCGGCGUUUUCCUUUGAUGAACACUUUCCCCUCACUCUCUCUCUCUGCUCGGGAGAUUCCGCCCUCUGCCAUCCUUCUGCCCACGUACAAGAUGUUCUACAAAGGUUGUGAGUAAACAAAACUGACAAUAUUACCCUGCCACCUUGGAACAUUAAGCACGCAGGAAAAACAACAGAACAUCUGUGAAGCCAGUUCUGAACUGGUGUCUUACUAAGGGAAUGGAUGGACUGUUCUGUGGUAAAGAUACUGUUUAAUCACUGCUAAGAGUUCCAAUCACUCAAUUAUUUAGUUGAGGUGAUUCCUGCAGCUAAAUAACUGCUUUUGUCUGCAGUUGUUAAAAUAAUACAUUCACUUGUAUUCGUUUGUUUACAUUUUCUUUGUGAUAUCAACAUUACAGGGGGUUUACAGUCCCCACCAGUAAAGUGAUUACUUAAGGGUUAUAUGUCAAAGCCCUAUUAUGAGUAGGCAGUGUUAGGAUAAGCCUCACCGGUGAGAGUUAAGUUGUUAGAGGUAUCGCCAGAUACAGAUUUAGGCCUAAAGGUUUUCCUACUUGUCUGUGUUUGCAGAGAAUUGUUAAGUCUCUUAAUAAGAGAAAUUGUGAGUUUCUGCUCUACAUUUUUAUUUCUUACUCUCGUUUUAAUAAAUGGUUGAGUUUCCAGUACGAAGUUGGAGUUAACUGCCUUAAUUCUUGAUUAAAAUAGGAGUCAUCCCCCAGGAUAGGGGUAGUUUAAUCCUACAGCUUUCAGGAGGGAUAGGAGGGUGGUUAGGGAUUUUUAAUCACUCCAUUUACUAUUAUUCAGGUAUAGUUCUGCCUGUUACAUAUGGACGUUCCUCUGUCCUGGGUGCACCCGACAGUAGUAACAUGCAAGUUUUCAUUUGAAUUUGGAAGUUAAAGUCUGUCACUUUGUGCGGACUUAGAUUUAUUGAUAUGACUUCUUGCAAUGAGUCUUUACUGCUGACAGUUUUCACCUUUAUAGAGGAUUUCGGGAGGAUUUUUUUAUUUAACAUAAGCCAUUAAAGAGCCGCAAUUGGUCACUAAAGAGCCACAUGCAGUUCGAGAGCUGCAGGUUGAGUAUCACUGUUCUAGAAUUUUAUAACCGUAUGCUAUUCCUACUUGCCUCAUUGUAAAUUAUUAAUUCGAUGAAGAGUGGGUUUGAGACACGAUAUUUGAUCUAGGGAUUUGGGGAGGCUCAGAAGAACCUGCUCCUCCCCUCUGGGUCUAAGGUGAAGUGUUUCAGAGCACAUGCAGUCUUUUAGUCUUUUCCUUAGGGUUUUCUUACUCCUCUCAUCAAGUCUUUUCUUAUUCUCUCUUCUUUUAAUUAUUUUUCUUCCCUUAGGACUUCUUCGCCAUGGAACAUGUAUUUCUUUUUCUGUGUUCCUUCCAAGUCUGUGCCAAGUCCAAACCUUUUUUGGAGCUUUGUACAUCUUAGUUAACUUUGUUUUUGAUCCAGAUAUUUUUUAUAGCGGUCAUGCUAUUUGUUGCAGCAGACUGAGUUUUUUUAAUGUCAUUUUACAGACUCCACUAAUUCAGAUGAGCUACCUGAUAUAUACAUGGAUUAAAGUUCUCUGUCGCCACAACAGAUUUCUGUCAUUUGGAAAAUGAGACGGGGGGGGGGGGACUCCUUGUUACUUAUUGACGUCUCUGUGAUGUUACUGUUCUGUUGAAGAAGACAGGGUUGGAGUUAUAGUACACCAUGGGUCUCAAACUCGCAGGCCAAUUGCGACCCACAGGAAGAUAUUUUUUGGCCCUCCACUUGACAUCAAAGUGAAGUGUUAGUGCGGCCCGCGCCUUUUACACACGCACACUACAGCCUUAGUCACAAAAAUCCACCGGUUUCUGCUGCCAGUCAACAAAACUGCAUCUUUAAAGCCAACUAAAGGCUCAGUUCGUAUUAUAUCCAUAACAUGAAUAAGCAUUAAGAGAUAAGAGCAAUUCAAAACAGGUGACUUAAUCCACAAAUGUAUUUAAUUAACACACUGCAGCCGAAAAAACACGCUAGUUUGAUGUCUUCAUAAUAAACAAUCUUCUGGUUGUUAUGGUUGAGGGCGAAGGCAUCAAUGAUUUCUGCUUGGUCCAGGGCUCGGGUUCUGUCUGAGUUUAGUGCCAGCAGUAGGCUACCAGGGUGCUGGUCUGAGAGUCUCAGCUGCUAUUCCUCAACUCAUUCUUUAAAUGACGCAGACAUCACAGCUCACUGAUGUGACAGGAAGGGUCAGAGAUAUGGAUAGGAGUUUAAAUAAGUCUAUAAAGGCCUCCAGAGGUUUUUGCCUUGUAAAACCAAACUUAUCCUGAGUGGGAUUAAAACAGCUGCACUCAGGAUGACAGAUGUUUUCCCUCCCUAAUUAUGACGCAGACAUUGUAUCUUGCUUUGGUGAAUGACUCAGUUCAAUCUCUCAUCUGAUUUAAUCCCUGAUCAUUACAAUCUAUAAUGCCAAAGUAAUAUCAACUAAUUUUAUUUACACGUUUUAAUUUUAUGUCAACAAGAAGUGAAAAUAUGGUCUUGAUCACUUAAGUUAAAUGGGACAUGGUUUAUAAAUCCUGUGGCGUAUUUAACUCCAGGUCUCAUUAAACAGUAAAAAUUCCUCUCGUAAUGACAAAAACAAAACUUUAUAACGAAACAUUUAAUCCUAAUCUGGACACAGGCAUGAGAGGUCGGCAUGUUUGAUCUUGACGCAGCGCUAUAAAUAAAUAACUUGCACUGAAACGUUAUGGAGAUGGUUGAAUAUUUGUAUGACUACAUUAUAUCUGAGUUAAGCCUUGGAAGAAGUGUUUUAUUAAACAGAUUGAAAACAUUGAAAUUACAUAAAAGCAAACUAACAGAAAAGCUGUUCAAAAUUGCCCUCUUCCUUUAAAAUGCUAUUGGUCCUGAGAAUCUUAAUAGUGUAGAUGGAAGUGUUUUAACAACUCGAAUGCUUUAUUAGAUAAGAGUAUACUGUGUACAUGCCCUUGGGCUAAGGGCAUGUACACAGUACAUUUUUUACAUGAAAAUCUCUGGGAAGUGACUGAUAGGCAGAAAAAAAGGCUCUUACACAUUUGGCAUGGUAGGUUGAUGGUCGGGUAAUAUGAUUUGAUGUCUAAAAAAAUUUCAGUCAAAAGAUUUUUUUUUAUUUAAUCCCUGU